AUGUUCGUCUACAAGAGAGAUGGACGCAAAGAACGCGUGCAGUUCGACAAGAUCACAGCACGUGUCUCGAGGCUCUGUUAUGGCCUCGACCCUGAGCACGUCGAUGCCGCAGCUAUCACCCAGAAGGUCAUCUCCGGCGUCUACCAGGGUGUUGGCACCAUUGAGCUCGAUAACUUGGCCGCCGAGACUGCCGCAUACAUGACCGUCACACACCCCGACUAUGCCAUCCUGGCUGCACGUAUCGCUGUGUCAAACCUCCACAAGCAAACAAAAAAGCAAUUUUCCAUGGUCAUCUCUGAUCUUUACCACUAUGUGAACCCCAAGAACAAUAAGCCUGCUCCUAUGAUCUCACAGCAGCACUACGAGAUUGUCAUGAAGCAUGCCGAGGAGCUCAACUCCGCCAUUGUCUACGACCGUGACUUCAACUACAACUACUUCGGCUUCAAGACUCUCGAGCGUUCAUACCUUCUUCGGAUCAACGGAAACGUUGCUGAGCGUCCCCAGCACCUGCUGAUGCGUGUUGCUGUCGGAAUCCACGGAGAGGACAUUGAGAAGGCUAUCGAGACCUACCACUUGAUGUCCCAGAAGUACUUCACUCACGCCUCCCCCACUCUCUUCAACGCUGCUACCCCUCAGCCCCAGCUUGCUUCUUGCUUCCUGGUUGACAUGAGCGCGGACAGCAUUGAGGGUAUCUAUGACACUUUGAAGACUUGUGCUAUGAUCUCCAAGACCGCCGGUGGUAUCGGCUUGAACGUCCACCGCAUCCGUGCCACUGGUUCUUACAUCGGCGGAACCAACGGUUCCUCCAACGGCAUUGUCCCCAUGCUGCGUGUGUUCAACAACACCGCACGCUAUGUGGACCAGGGCGGUAACAAGCGUCCUGGUGCCUUUGCUAUCUACUUGGAGCCGUGGCACGCCGAUGUCUUCGAGUUCCUUGAUCUGCGCAAGAACCACGGUAAGGAGGAGGUUCGUGCUCGCGAUCUUUUCUACGCUCUGUGGACUCCCGAUCUCUUCAUGAAGCGUGUUGAGGCCAACGGUGACUGGACUCUCUUCUGCCCUAACGAGGCCCCCGGCCUGGCUGAUGUUUACGGCGAUGAGUUUGAAGCUCUCUACGAGAAGUACGAGAAGGAGGGCCGUGGCCGCAAGACCAUCAAGGCUCAGAAGCUCUGGUAUGCCAUUCUCGAGGCCCAGACUGAGACUGGCAACCCCUUCAUGCUUUACAAAGAUGCUUGCAACAAGAAGAGCAACCAGAAGAACCUGGGUACCAUUCGCAGCUCCAACCUGUGUACCGAGAUCAUCGAGUACAGUGCCCCCGACGAGGUGGCUGUCUGCAACCUGGCUUCCCUCGCACUCCCCACCUUUGUCGACUCUGCCCGUGGCGAGUAUGACUUUGGCAAGCUUCACGAGGUCGUGCAGGUUCUGGUGCGCAACCUGAACAAGAUCAUUGACAUCAACUACUACCCGGUCCCCGAGGCCGAGAAGAGCAACUUCCGUCACCGCCCCAUCGCUCUGGGUGUCAACGGUCUUGCCGAUGCUUUCCUGGCUCUGCGUUUGCCUUUCGACUCCCCUCAGGCUAGACAGCUCAACAUUCAGAUCUUCGAGACCAUCUACCACGGUGCUCUGACUGCCUCCGCUGAUAUUGCCGCGGAGCUGGGCCCUUAUGAGACCUACCCGGGCUCUCCCGUCUCGCAGGGCAUUCUGCAGUACGACAUGUGGGAUCGCACCCCGACCGACCUCUGGGAUUGGGCUUCUUUGAAGGCCAAGAUUGCCGAGACUGGUGUCCGCAACAGUUUGUUGGUCGCUCCCAUGCCCACUGCCAGUACCAGUCAGAUUCUCGGCUUCAACGAGUGCUUCGAGCCUUACACCUCGAACAUCUACUCCCGCCGUGUCUUGGCUGGUGAGUUCCAGGUUGUCAACCCCUGGCUCCUGAAGGAUCUUGUCGACCUCGGCCUGUGGUCGGACAACAUGAAGAACCGCAUCAUCGCCGACGGUGGCUCCGUGCAGAACAUCCCCAACAUCCCUGCCGACAUCAAGGCGCUGUACAAGACGGUUUGGGAGAUCUCCCAGCGCAACAUCCUGCAGAUGGCCGCCGACCGCGGUGCCUUCAUUGACCAGUCGCAGUCCCUCAACAUCCACUUGAAGGAGCCUACCAUGGGCAAGCUUACCAGUAUGCACUUUGCCGGCUGGAAGAUGGGUCUGAAGACCGGCAUGUACUACCUCCGUACCAUGGCCGCCUCCGCCCCUAUCCAGUUCACCGUCGACCAGGAGCAGCUUCUGGUGGAGGACACCAACGUCGCUCGAUCCAAGAAGCGUGUCGGUGGUACUGGCGCCUCUGCCUACUCUGCUAUUCCCCGUGCCAUGGGCGUCGAUGCCGCUCCCACCAAGGUCAUCGCCCCUAUUGACGAGAACCCGCGCACUGUGGUUGCACCGGUUGCUGCCACCCCCGCUGUCGAGGCCAAGGCUGAUGAGGCCGAAGCCCAGCCUGAGGAUGCUGAGAGCAAGGCCGGCGAGGGUGAUAUCUACUCGGAUGCGGCUUUGCAGUGUAGCAUUGAGAACAAGGAUGCCUGUAUCAUGUGCCAGGGUUAA